AUGACGGACGAUCUGCGUAGUUUAGUAAAGCGAGAAAAGCGCAUACGGAACAGUUUAGACUCAGUGGCUUUGUUUGUGAGCGAAUAUGAUGAACAACGUGACAAAGAUGAGGUGGGAGUUCGUUUGCAAUUGUUAGAAAGUUCAUUCAAAGAAUUCAAUCAAGUGCACGAGAAAAUUGAGGUGGUUCUGGAUGAAGUCGACGAGGAGCAGAACGCUGAUUCAAAGGAAUCGGAAAAGGAUCGUCGAUCAAGGCUGGAACAAGCAUCCAAGAAGCGAGAAGCGGAAGGUGCAGCGUUGACCAAGGACAUCGAGAAUCGCUACUGCAAGGCCAAAGCUGCGUUGUUGAAGUGGCUACAGACCACGAAACCUGCAUCCAACAAUUCAGUAAUUCCAGAUAAUCAAUCCGUUCUCUCUAAAGUGAAGCUUCCAGAAAUCAGACUUCCGACAUUCAGUGGCAAACUUCGAGAUUGGGUAUCUUAUAGGGAUGCUUUCCAAAGCCUGAUUCACGGGAGCCGUGAACUCACCGACAUGGACAAAUUCACCUACCUGAGAUCGUCGUUGUCUGGAGAAGCGCUUCAGGAAGUCAGUUCCAUUGAACUUUCCGCCGCCAAUUAUGUUGUGGCUUGGGCUGCACUUGAGGAACGAUACCACAACAAGAAGCUGAUAGUGAAGGCCUAUCUCGAUGCUAUCUUCUCCAUCGAAUCCAUGCGGAAGGAAAACUACGAAGCACUGAACCAGCUUGUCAGUGACUUUGAGAAGAAUCUCCAAAUGCUGCAGAAGAUGGGAGAAAAUACCGACGGCUGGAGCACAGUUCUGGUGUACAUGGUGUGCUCAAAGCUCGAUGGUGUAACCCUUCGAUUCUGGGAAUCUUCGCAUAACUCGAAGGAAGUGCCAACCUAUCGGAAUUUGGUGACCUUCCUGAAGAAUCAUUGCGCUGUUCUCCAGUCAGUUGAACCGAACAAAGCCACCUCCGUCGAACAGAAGAAACCGAAGAUAAGCGUCAGCCAUCCUACGAUCGCCACCGGUCGGUGUUGCUUCUGUGCCGAAACGUUUCAUCCUGCUUUCUUGUGCAAGCGAUUCCAGAAGAUGAAGAUACCAGAACGAUACGAUACAGUGAGAAAGAACGGUCUGUGCAUGAAUUGUUUGUCUUCUGGUCACUUGGCCAGGAAUUGCAGCAAGGGAGUUUGCCGUCAAUGUGGAAGAAAACACCAUACUCUGCUUCACUUUGAAGCAAACAGUGCUAAAUACAAAUCCUCCGUUCCACAGACGAUAACAAGACCCCCAAGUGAUCGUCAACCACCAACAAAUCAAGCACAGCCGGAAACAUUUACCAACCAGACAGCACACACCACAAACCAUAACGAACCCUCCACUUCACUGUCAGUAGUCCAAACACUUUCGCAAAACACCAACCCACAGUCCGCCACAGACAAACUGAACACAUUGCAACACACUGUAUCCCUUCCGUCUCAAACAAGACCUUCUACACAAGUUCUGCUUUCUACCGCCAUCGUGCGGAUUUGUGAUGAUAACGGAAGAUCGAUGUUGGCCAGAGCAUUACUAGAUUCUUGCUCGCAGUAUUGCUUCGUUACAUCUGAGUUUUGUCGUCGAAUGAAUCUCCAAGAAGGUCAGAAUUACGUUACCGUAAAGGGAAUCGGUGGUUCCGAAAGCGUUUCGCAGAAAGCUGUACGUGGUACGAUCAGUCCCCGCUUCGCAAGCAUUUCUAAUUUCGAGGAAGUGAUGCGGUUCAACGUGUUACCGAAGCUAACGAUUCCACUCCCGUGUGAAGGGUUCGAAACAAGCCAGUGGAAUCUACCACAAGACAUUACACUAGCGGAUCCGCACUUCUACCAAUCCUCGAGCAUCGACAUGAUCAUCGGUGCCGAAUACUAUCUCGACCUGCUGCGAGAAGGGAGGUUCCGGCUCAGCGAAGAUGGUCCAACAUUCCAAAACACGGUGUUCGGAUGGAUCGUGUCUGGUCGCACCACUAGUACUUCCUUAUCAGUCGCCGCCACCACACUAUGUUCCACAGCGGAGCUUCAAGAGCAGCUAGCUCGAUUUUGGGAACUCGAAAGUUGCCAGCUGAGGAGUACUUAUUCCAUAGAAGAAGGUGAGAAGUGUGAGGAAAUCUUCAAGCAAACAACUACCCGCGACGAAGAAGGGCGCUUUGUCGUUUGCUUACCGAAGAAAAGGCACAUCAUUGAGCAAUUGGGAGAGUCAGGACGCAGCGCAGAACGACGAUUCAUUAGUUUGGAGCGACGAUUUGCCACUAAUCCGCAGCUGAAGAAGCUGUACUGUGAAUUCAUGGAGGAAUACUCGUCAAUGGGUCAUAUGAAGGAAGUCAGCGAAGCAGAACUGUCCAGAUCGGUGUGUUAUUAUUUGCCACACCAUGCUGUUCUGAAGCCGGACAGUACAACGACCAAAUUGCGCGUUGUGUUUGACGCAUCGUGCAAAACUACAUCAGGCGCUUCACUGAAUGAUGGGUUGAUGGUCGGUCCCGUAGUUCAGGAUGAUCUCAUCUCCAUUCACGCUCGAUUUCGACUGCGUCGGAUUGGUAUCGUCGCUGACGUAGCAAAGAUGUACCGAAUGGUAAGAAUGUGCUCACGUGAUCAGAAGUUGCAUCUUAUUCUAUGGAGGAAGUCGUCAGAACAACCCAUCCAGACUUACCAGCUCACGACCGUUACGUACGGCACGGCAUCGGCUCCGUUUCUGGCCACUCGUUGUCUAGUUCAGCUAGCAGGAGACGGAGACUCCACACAUUCAGUAGCAGCAAAUGUACUGCAUAAAGAUUUUUAUGUCGACGACAUGAUCACGGGUGUCGACAAUCCAGAGGAAGGCAAGAAGCUAGUCACAGAAAUGGUUAGCCUGACAGACUCUGCUGGAUUCUCGUUACGUAAAUGGAACUCGAACUGUGAAGAAGUCCUAACCGAACUGCAGCCGCAUCUUCGCGACAAUCGAGAAGUAUUCGAGAUGGAUCCUCCACCGCCAACCGCUACCGUCAAAACACUAGGCCUCGUCUGGUGUCCUUCCGCCGAUGAUUUCAGCUUCACCGUUCCAAAGUGGAGUACGACAACAGGGGUGACGAAGAGGACUGUUGUUUCCGAUGCAUCCAGAUUGUUUGAUCCAUUGGGUUUGAUUGGACCCGUAAUCGUCGAAGCCAAGAUUUUCAUCCAAACGUUGUGGAAACUACAAGUCAGUUGGGACGAUUUGCUUCCUGAAAACCUUCAAGCAUUUUGGUUGGAGUAUCGUAGAAACCUUGGUGCUUUGGAAUCCAUCAGCAUUCCGCGAUGGGUCAACUACAGUGGGGACUGUUCCUCAGUCGAAUGGCACGGCUUCUGCGACGCUUCAGAUAGCGCAUACGGUGCUUGUUUGUAUUUGCGAUGUACCACUUCUGAUGGUUCUGUUCGUGUUCAGUUAAUGAUGUCAAAGUCCAGAGUAGCACCACUGGAGGAUUUGAAGAAGAAGAAGCGCAAGCUUUCAACGCCCCGUCUAGAACUUUCGUCCGCAUUGCUUCUCAGUCAUCUUUACGAGAAGGUUAGCCAAGCUACCCAAUUGAAAAUUCCGUCGUUUUUCUGGACUGAUUCCAACAUUGUUAAAUUUUGGAUUGCGUCGACUCCAUCGCGAUGGCAAACCUUUGUCGCGAACAGGGUGUCCGAGAUCCAGCACCUGACUAAAGGUGGUUUAUGGAACCAUGUCGCAGGAAUCGAAAACCCAGCCGAUGUUCUUUCGCGUGGCAUAUCAGCCGCUCAAUUGGAGUACCAAAAGUUGCUGUUGAACAGCUAG